AUGUCGACGAGCGGACUCAAGGCCAUUGCGCCUGUGCCCACCGCGGCCGAUUUCUUGGACAUCGUUUUGUCCAAGACUCAGCGGAAGACACCGACUGUCAUCCACAAAAACUUCAAGAUCAGUCGAAUCCGCAAUUUCUAUAUGCGCAAGGUCAAGUUCGCCCAGGAUGCGUUCGACGAAAAGCUCGGUUCGAUCCUGACUAGUUUCCCCAUGCUCGAUGAUCUCCAUCCGUUCCUGUCGUCCCUCAUGAACGUGCUUUACGACAAAAACCACUACAAGCUUGCCCUCGGCCAGUUGCGCACGGCGCGGCACCUUAUUGACCAGGUCGCGAAGGACUACGUCCGCCUUCUUAAGUUUGGUGACAGUUUGUAUCGCUGCAAGCAGCUCAAGCGCGCUGCGCUCGGUCGUAUGGCUACCAUCAUGCGCCGUCAAAAAGACCCUUUGGCCUACCUCGAGCAGGUCCGGCAACACAUAUCCCGUCUCCCCGCCAUCGACCCCAAUACCCGCACCCUCCUCAUCUGUGGCUACCCGAACGUCGGCAAGUCGUCCUUCAUCAACAAGGUCACCCGCGCGGACGUUGACGUGCAGCCGUACGCGUUCACCACCAAGUCGCUCUUCGUCGGUCAUUUGGAUUACAAGUACCUGCGCUGGCAGGUGAUUGAUACCCCCGGUAUCCUCGACCAUCCCCUCGAGGAGAUGAACACCAUCGAGAUGCAGAGCAUCACUGCGCUCGCGCAUCUGAAGAGCUGCGUGCUGUACUUCAUGGAUCUGAGUGAGCAGUGCGGGUACACGGUUGAAGCCCAGUGCAAGCUCUUCCACUCAAUCAAGCCUCUUUUCGGCGGCAAACCCACUCUGCUUGUCAUCAACAAGAUCGAUGUGACUCGUCUUGAGGACGUUGUCCCGGAAACCCGCGCGCUCGUGCAGGAGAUCAUCGACCUUGCCGGCGUCCAGUGUGUCCAAGUAUCGUGUUACUCCGAGGAAGGUGUUAUGGAGGUCAAAAACAAAGCCUGCGACGCUCUUCUCGCGCAUCGCGUAGAGAACAAGCUCAAGGGCAACAAGAUCAACACCAUCAUCAAUCGCAUUCACGUUGCCCAACCCAAGGCCCGAGAUGAGGUCGUGCGCGAGCCGUUCAUCCCCGAAGUCGUCAAGGAGAGGAAGAAGUUCGACAAGGGUGAUCCUGAGCGGAGAAAGCUGGAGAAGGAUAUCGAGUUGGAGGAGGGUGGUCCCGGCGUGUACAACAUCAACAUGAAAAAGAACUACCUCCUUGCCAACCCCGAGUGGAAUCAGGAUAUCAUCCCCGAGAUUAUGGACGGCAAGAAUGUUGCCGACUUUAUCGAUCCCGACAUCCUCGAGAAGCUCGAGGCUUUGGAGCGGGAAGAGGAGAAGUUGGCGGCAGAGGGCUUCUACGAUAGCGAGGAGGAGAUGUUCGACUCGGACGACGAGCGCGAAGCUGCUGAGCACAGGAGCGGUCUCCAGCACCUCGUCGAAUCGCAGAGCAAGAAGAAGCUGAAGAACAGGUCCCGUCUGCCGCGCACAGCGGGGCUGCGGACGCUCUCCGAUCUCACGACGGACCUCACGAAGGCGGGACUCGACCCGAGUCGCGUGCAGGAGCGCGCGAUCGCGUUGGCGAAGCUGCGGGGUGCGCAGAAGCGCAAGCGGGACGACGAGGACGAGGCUGGCAUGGAUGUGGACAUGGACGAAGCGGGUGCCGAGAGCGAGUGGAUGGAUGUCGAUGGGGAGGACGGAACGCCCAACAAGCGCGUCAAGUCGAAUUCCGGUGCUGUGGUUCCGAAGAACAGGCGGGAGCCUCGAACAAACCGGCAGUUGGCCGGUAUGCGGAACGAGGAGCAAUCCGCAAAAGCGAUCAAACUGCGCAACCUCGGCCAGCGGCCGCGCAACAUGCUCGCCAAGGCGGGCGAGGGAGACCGCGUGAUCCAAACGAAAAUGCCCAAACAUCUCUUCGCGGGCAAGCGGAAGGCGGGCAAGACCAACCGCAGAUGA